AUGCAAUCAAAUAAAAUGUCUGAUAUUUCUGGCUCUGCCACCAAUGCCACCAUAACCCCUGACCCCCUUCUUGAGUCCAAAACUCCCGCAGCCAUUGAAGUGUCACAGGAGCAAACGGACUCUGAGGAGUUACAUUCCCUCCUGGACGUUGCUAUGACGAAAUCCGUGACACAGGCCAUAUUUAACGCUAUGGGGGCCAUGUCAGACAACAUCUCACAUUCAAUUACCAUGGCACUGAAAUCCACUCAGCUGCCACCAACUUCCACUACUAACCCCCCUGAGAAUAAACCGGUGGCCCAUAGUGGGCGUAAAGCCGUAAAAAAGUCCAGCCACAACAAUGCCUCCAAAACAUUACAGACGGACAGGGUACGUCCUGUCACAGAUCAUGUGGUUGCACCACAACUAAGAGCCCCCCACCGGGAAAAAUCGGUGAGGAACUGGAAAAGGGCUAGAGCCCUCAUUGAAUCCUCCGAAUCUGAGUCGGAGCAAGAGGAGGCACAGAGCAAGCCCGAUAAGGAGGACUCUGAUGAUCCCAGCACUUAUUUUCCAGAACACAGUUCCUUGACAGAUGCUGGAACAGACCCCAAAGAUGGAGUUGACGAAUCCGCCCUGGUUGACCCGCAGGGCAAACCACUGUUUGACCCCGACACCUUACAACACCCGAGAUCCUUGGAGUGGUAUCCCCUAGAACACAUACCGAAAUAUAUCGCUGCUCGUAUUAGAAAACCACUUGACAAGGUGGCACAAAGCAAACUCUGGGCAGAAUGCCCACGGCCCACUAUUCCCGAUAUGGCUUGCGCCACCCUUGACACAGACCCAAAGAUUGCCCAAUUCUUGGGGAAGUAG